AUGGCAAGAUCUCUGAAUAGUGCACAAAUGGCAAUGAUGGCAGUAUUCUUACUAGCUUCUUUUGCAGCAAUGUUUAGGCCUAGCAUUGGAUCAAGUGUUUCCCCAGGUGAUUUCUAUAAUUCUCUCAAAGGUUAUUUUCCACCAGAACCUUAUCCAGGAUAUUACGACUACCUAUUUUCUUGCACAGACAAAUUUUCAGGACUUUGUUUUGGCGAAGUUCUUACAUAUUUGUAUGAUAAUUACGACGUAAUGAGUUAUGAUUGUUGCGAACUCAUCAAUAAGGUUGGAAAAAAAUGUUAUGAUAUGAACGUAGAAACUAUGAGUGGAAUUGGAGCGAAGGCAGUAAAGGAUCGCACAUUUGCACGUAAAAUACUUCAAAGAGGUCGUAAUCUCUGGAAGAAAUGUCUUCAUUUAGCAGCCGCCCCAUCUCCGUCUGAUUAA